UUAUUGCCCCCAAGGUUUGAUGCCGGCUUUGAAGUCACUGAAUGCAGCAGUGUUGCUGAGCGAGGGUCUGACGAGUGAGUGAGGGCCAAGUGAGGACUGUUGGUCCAGUAUUACGGUCGUGGACGUAGUGCUCAGUCACAGUACAUAGUAAGCCGUGGCGAAACAAGGAUGAGGUUCCAAAGUGCGACAAGUAAAAGUUAUAGUUGAGUUCGGAGUCCUCACCUGAAAGGGUCUCCGAAGAAUAAGAUUAGCUCACUUGGCUGUUUGGAUUGUGUCAAGGUUACUCUGAAUGGGCAAGCUUUCAUUUUUUCUUGUUGUUCCGAUGUGCUUGCCAUGCGCAAGGCUUGAUUCGAAGUGCACCAGGUCGAGCUGAUUGGAACAAAACGUCAUCUUCAAGACCUUCAGUGAUUUGUUGCUCGGUUGCGCCCUGGCUUGUCUUGAUCCUUUGGACACACACCAGAAACACAUUGGAUAUCGUUCUUAUCCAGUAAGAUCAUCGCAAAUUGGAGCACAGAGGUCCGUGAUCAAUCAGAUGCAUUACUUAACUACGCUUCCGCUCUCUGAUCAUCCAAAGCACCAACAUUCUCACCGCCCUCCUCCAAUCCGCACCUGCACCCGCACUUGCACAGCCUCGCCCACACCCCCAAACAAAUCCCUUUGUACUAGAUUACCCACCCCCCUAGUCCACCUCCAAAGCCAUGGACAAGAAUGUGUCGCCUACUAACUCUCCAAUCCCACAAAGUGCAGGAGCCCCAAAAAGUGCGGUAGCCUUGGCCAACUCUAAUUCGGCACAACGGGUAAAGACAAUGGCUGUCCACGAAGGCCAUGUCCUCAACAUCGAUGCCUCAGCAGUGCCCAAUAACAUAACUGGGGGAAGCAAAUACAAUCCAGUUUCAAGUGAGCGGGUCACCUCGGGAGUGGGACGGGGAUCGUUAUUCGAAACGGACGAUGUGGAAGGUGUUCCAGCAGAUCGGGUCUCGGUGUUUUCGGGGGCAUCGGGGCGUUCCAAAACGACGUCACAAUUGGAGGCAGCCGCCAAACUUCCAUGGUACCGAGGCGUGACUUGCAAGGACAUUCGGGACAUCAUGCCCACGUUGCUGAUACUUUUGGGUGGAUUGCUCAUCAUGAUCUUUGUCAUUCCCUACGCGUUUUCAAGCGUCAUCAAGCAGCUGGAGGCCGAGCAGAUCAUGGAAAAGGCCAAGGCAGAUGCUGCCUUGGCUGAGGCCAAUGCCACCUACUACCGACAACUCCAGGAGCAAGAUCAACUCCAGGAAGACGUACCUCCGUCCUACGAUUACGAAACCGAAUCCAAAUAGGCAAUGUUAAGAGCAAUAGUACUUUCAAAGUUAGUGAUUUUAUAUUUCUGUCAACUUCUGCUAACCAGCUCUACUAACACUAAUUCUAAACUACUUCUCUACUUCGACGACGUAAUAACGAUUCUCCAACGAUCUCAAUCUAUUUUUCCGACAAACUCCGCAAUUUGCGAUUGAUGUCGCAUAUUGCUUCCAUCCAAUUAUUCCCCCUUGCAUCAAUCUUGCUUCGUCAAAUAUCAAUAUCUUAUUCCUCCCAACCACGUGCUACAAACAGUAGAGUAAUAAAGUUCUUUAGUGCCUGGGCCUAGCUCAGUAAGUGUAACGCAGUGCGAAGAAGAAGUAAAAAGUACGACAAGUGCCCAUUGUACGGGUGUUUACAUCCACUUUGCUUGUGACUUUCCCUAUGCACAAAUAAUACUCGCGGCAAAAUUAUCAACAGAACCGUUAGCCGUUUUCAUCUGCAUCUUUUAAUACAUACCCCAGUGCCUCAAGUACUACCGAACGCAGAAACGCAAGCAUAAACCCUAUCCAUACUUUGCAAAAUGGUUUUACUGCGUGGCCCUCCCAUUUGAAAAUGCUCACUCAGACUUGAUUUUUCUUCUAUUAAAGUUCUCCAGUGUACGUACAAUGUACUUGCACAUUGGGAACGCAUGAUAUGCAAUCAAUUGAAGUUUGAACUCACUUAAAACUAUUAUAGACAAUCCCUAGACAAUCCUAUUUCCUUAAACAGUUCAAUAUACCUUUCAGGCGUUGUGAAAUCGAGAACAUCACGUGAUUAUCAUUUGAAUAUACGGAAUAUUAACACUA